UGCCUCCCCGCCGCCGCUCACGCACGCGCCUACAAUAUUUUCUCGUUUCUCUUCUCUCUCUGCCUCGCCUCGCCUGUCCUCCUCCUGGAUGUCCCCGUCCCCAUCGGCCGGCACGCUCGCUCCGCCCACUUUUCUCGACGCCGUUCGGCCGCAGCUCUCCAGCCCUGUUCCUCGACCGUCCCCAACUCCCCAUCGGCCACACUCGCCGCCCGCGCGUGUGCUCGGGUAGACGUGCCUGCGUCCUGCGCCGCCGCCGUCGUCGAACGUGCCGUGGCCGGCUGUCCGCACGCGCAGCGUCGCCUCUAUAUCUCGCUCUCCACGCCGGCGUCGCACUCGCUGCGCACACUGCGCGGAGUCGUGGUGACCCUUCUCUCUCGUUCGUCGGAAGCCAUGGGGGAGCCUAGCAAAGAACUCCUGGACCUCCCAUCGGGGCCCAAUCCACCCUCCUUCAUCGAAUCGCUGUUCGCGGGCAGGGAGCAGCACAAGGGCACGCGCAAGGCGGGGCCUCCCACCGACCCACUCCCAAAGAGCCAAGUUCUUGGAAAAGUGAAGGAUUUCUUGGGAGAGAUGGCAAAGGCCAAUGAGAAAUUGCAGCUUGAUGCGCAGAACAAGCCUCCUGAGGAGUAUGACAUUGAAGCACUCACUGGAAAUGAAAAGGAAUAUAUUGAGAUGGAUUUGAUUCUCGGUGUAGCUGAUCUUCAUUCAGAGCAGGCUGUGGAUGCAGCUGAGGCGACAAUGAGCAGCUUCCCACCCUUGGGAAGUUCAUUUGCUAGCAGCUCAUCUGACUCAGAAGAUGAUAUCGAUGAAGAUGGUGACGAUGAGCCUGAAAUGCCUAGCAAAGAAAAAUGUGGCAAUCCAGAUAAACCGGAGGCUAAUCCAGCCAAAGGGAAGAAGCCCAAUAAAAGACAGAAGAUUGUUGUUCUCAACUAGUCAUCCUUGACAAACAACGGCAGGGAGCUUUGUUGCUUCUCAGGAACACCCAAGUUUUGUGCUGUGUGAUGCUCAGGUUAACUGGGGGCUGUAUCCUUAUGGGCUAAGUGAUGUCAUGCUCCACUCCAGCAAUACAAUGUGUGACAAUAUCGUUUGUUCUGAAAUAGCGUUCCAUGUACUAUCCUGUUUCCUUCACGAAUUGUUCAGGUGCUUAAUGCCCUUGAAGAGAACACAGAAUGGGGUUCUAUGUAGUUUUAGCGUCUCC